AUGACGAAAUCUGUCGCGCGCACGAGAAGCCUUCCUUUUCUUCAUAGGAACUGGAUCAUCGCCAUCAACUACCUACAGUCCGCAACCGUAGGGUUCAAGUCCGACGACACUCACUCUAAGAUCACCAAUGGUCAUGACGAUCAUUACGUGCGGCCUGCAAAGCGGCGCCGCUUUGCAGAGAGUUCUCCGGAUUCCGGCAUCGGCCAGGACAUUGACAGCCUCUUGCUUCCCGAUGAGCCAGGCGAGAUCCAACGCGCCAUUCGAAUUGAGGUCCUGAAGAUUGCCCACAAGGAUCUGGCGCACACAAGGCCAACCGCUGUUCUGAAUGGGAACAUUCCUCCCGCCAUCAAGGACGCCGCUAGCAUAAGAGCGCGGUGCAAAAUCACCAUCACCACCCCGGGUCGGACGCCUGGUGAGACCCGCACGCUCUACUGUGAUAGCCAGAUUUGCACCAUCAAAACUUUCCAGAAUCAAGCUGGCUUGUCUCAGAUGGCCAGAGUCUAUUUGCCUCAGCCAUUCCACAUCCCUGAAGAGAAAAUCUACGUGGAGCGCGACGACGACACGGUCUUCGAUCUUGCGGAUCAGUACUCAAUCUCAUUGGAGCUUGAAUCGGCCGGCGACAGCAACUGGCCUCCUCUAAAUCUGGUGAAUGCAAGCUCCGAUGAAGAUGUGUUCCUGGCGCGGUCCAUAUCGCGUCAUUGGACUCUUGGGGCCGACAUUCCAAAGAUCAUUGAUGGAGGCAGGAGAUCAGGUUUUUUGAGGCUAUGCAAGGGAGCUGGCCAAGGUAUCCAAACAGAUUUUGUUCUUGAUAUCGAUGUUAGAGCGACGACUGCCCUGCCGGAAAGGCCUCUAUGGAACAGUCGGGAGAGGGUUUCCCCAUAUGUUGCCGCUCUUACCGAUCAGCAGGAUGAGCCCCUACCACUCACAAAUGGUCAUAUCAACGGAACGUACAUCAACGGGAACCUGAUGAAUGGGCACUCCGGCCUCAUCGAGGAUGAUAUCGAGGAGGACGCAGAAGGCGAGUUGACGCCCAGCCGCUCAUUGAGGAUAAGAGGAAACAAGAACUACAAUCUCAAAGACCUCAGCAAUCGAGCACAGGGGAGGAAAAGCCGCAAUCGUUUGACAAAGGCGAGGAGCGCCGACGCGGACCGUAUUCUUUAUCACCUUCCCAGAGAGGCUGGGCCGGUCAAGGAAGUGCUCGUGUGGGGCUUCGCCUGCUGCUUUUGUCACGCCUCACACCAGUCAUUGGCUCAGCUCCGUGCCCAUCUUCCAAGUCACUCGCAAUAUAGAUUUGAGGUCAAUCUCGCUUCUGGAAAGACGGGGGGGCCAGUGGACGUGUCUUGUAUUCCUAUCAGCGGAGGCCCUUUACUGCGUCCCACGAUAUACCAGUUAGGCAAGCCGACCAAAGCUUUCGAUUUGGAUAAGUACGUGGAAGGCGACGACUCCUGGGUCAAGUCCCGUCUUGGGCCGCACAACGACGAUGGGCCUGUCGUGCCAACCCACAAAAUCUCGCAGACAAGGGCAGGUCAAGUUAGGCCAUCACAGAGGUCUGGAGGCCGUCGCAAGGAGAAAAAGGUUCUUGUUCCGGACACCAAGCAACCGCUUUUUGAUUCUUUGAGCAAGGCCAAGUUGAUUCCUGGAACAGAGGUUCGACAGUCUGUAGCUGAUGACACCUGGCUCAUUCAGAAGCAUCGGGAUAUUGUCCAGGACUUCAUUGACGUCGAUGCGGCCGAGAAAGACUACAUCAAACAGUGGGAUGCGUUCAUCCAUAAGAGGCACAUAAGCUCAGAUGCCUUCAUUUCACGUGCUGUGCUCGAGUUUGUGAACGAGAAGAUGCAGUGGCUUCUCAGUUCGCAGUCUCGUAUACAAGAAUUCGGCAAGCAUCUAACGGUCCUAAUUGCGAGGGGUCUUGAUGAUGAUACCAUCAGGCAAGUACAGUCUCGCAUACAAGAAGCUCGGAGUCAGAAGCCGCCAGAAGUCGAGCAAGUACCUCCGCAGCAAUUCUCUAAGGAGGCCCAGCAUCACAGCUCUAAGGGAUGCGCAGUCUGUGGACGGAAUGUCCGCGGCCCGCAAUUGCUAAUUUGUUCCAAUGAGGAUUGCAAGAAACCUCUGUACCACGAGGACUGCAUCAGGGACAAGGCGCAAAUGCCGGUUGAGCACCAACAAUGGCGUUGCAAUGAUUGUGCUACUUCACAGGCUGUUCAUGGUCCAUAA